AUGCAGUCCUAUCAGUCGCUCGCUCGACCCUGUCGCCACACAUACCGAUGCCUCAGCCGCCGCGCCACCACGGUCCGGAGCUUUCACGAAGCAAUCACAUGCCAAUCCGGACACAGUCGAUGGUCGAAGAUCAAGCACGACAAGGCCAAAGUCGACAGCUCCAAGAACAAGGCCCGCAGCGUCUUUGCACAGGAAAUCGCCACAGCCUCCAAACUCUUCGGCGGCGACCCAAACUUCAACCCUAGACUGGCCGACUUGAUUGUCAAAGCCAACAGGGCUGGAUUCGCAAAAGCCUCGAUUGAGGCAGCUGUGGCUCGUGGACAAGGACGCUCUGUCAAUGGCGCUGCUCUCGAGACCGUGACCCUCGAGGCCAUGUUGCCCAACAAUGUUGGUGUGGUCAUCGAUUGUGAGACGGACAGCAGACUACGAACGCUGGCCGAUCUCCGAGUCAUAAUCAAGCAACAUGGUGGAAACGCUACGCCGACAGGUUAUCUCUUCACCAAGAAGGGCAGGAUAACUUUUGCAAACAAGGAGGGUGUUGGUAUGGAUGACGUCUUUGAGCCCGCUCUGGAAGCAGGCGCUCUGGAUGUGGACGAAGAUGGCGAAGGUCGGGUAGUUGUCUACACGGAGCCCAGCGAGACAAAGUCAACUGGAGAGACCUUGUCAACAGCGCUGGGUCUAGACAUUGCCAGCUCCGAGAUCAUCUCGGAUGCCAAUGAGGACACCAAAGUGGCGCUGAGCAAUGCCGAGGCGACGCAGGAGCUGGUCAAACUCGCGGACGCCAUCCAGGAUAAGGAGAGCGGAGUGCAGGGCAUCUACAUGAACGUGGCUCAGGGGACGCUAGAAGAGGGAGCGUGGGCCGAGUUGCAGAGCAGAAUGACGGCUUGA